GUCCUUUAACUGAAGAGUUUUAGACCUACACAUUAACUGAUUGUCAUGUUUUCUUUCAGGCCCACUAAAGUUUUUUGGCUUUGUUGCAAAAGAAGGUCAAGGUUUAAUUUUUCUCCGUGGACAUGCUUGCAGAUUAAGAGUUAUGACAGCCCAAGAAGUAAAGAAACAUGCAGUUCUCCCUCCUAUCAUUAGUAGAAAUGACAAGGAGUUUCUGGAAAGCAUGCAAAGAUACAUUAUUACAGAAACCAAAAGAGUGGGUUGCAACGAGGAAGGACCUCCUGAUGAGUAUUACACCAUUUACCGAAACGUUUUCGACAAGUGCAGUACUACAGACAGAAAAAUAUUUCAGGUAAUAGACUAUGUCAAUGCAUACAAGUCCAUUCUUACUUCAAUCAAAAAAGAAUAUGAUGCCUUUAUUGAGACAGUAAAGAAAGGCCGGAGAAAUGCAUUUUAUCUUCAUGGAAAACUUAAAGUUUUGGCAGCAGAGCCUACAGCGUUGGUGUAUCACCAGAGAAGAACAAUCCAACUUGAAGCGAAAAUGAGGAUUAUUGAUAAUAAUUCCAAAGCAAUUCAAUUACAAAUAGAUCAGAUGAAGCAGCUGAGAAUGGAGUAUGACAAUACAGAAGUAAAGCUCUGUGCUUCCUCCAAGCAGCUUUGGAAACCUAUCCCAGGGAUGACCCUCCAAGACUCUGUCAAUCUGGAAGCUCUCAAUAAACAUAAGCAGGAUCUUGAAGAUAAAUGUAGAAAACUAAAAGAAGACAUGUCAACAAUGUAUGUACCAGCCCAAAAGAAAGCUGACCUAGAUGAGGAAAUGAUUGUGUUACUAAAACGGCGAGAUAUAGCUGAAGAUCUGCACAAAGACCUGCAGUUCCGCCAUCAAAGAUUGCAGGUUAUUUCACACACACUGAACUCAUGGAUGAAGCAGAACAUGAGGAUUCCAUUUAAAGAUGUCUUGGAGAGAAUUCAGCAAACCAAAGCUAUCUAUGGUCAUGCAAAGGUUGUUGAUGAGCUAUUUGAAGAUGACCCAAACAAGACAAAAGAAGCUAUAGUUAUGCUUUACUACAUCGAAAGGUUCCAUGAAUUAAUCUCCCUUGGUGAAUAUGAAAAGGCAGCUUGUUUUGCAGCAAACAGUCCAAAAAGAAUUCUUCAAAAUGCUGGUACAAUGGAUAAAUUUAAGGCCAUUGGAAAAGUUAGAGGAAAGCCUCUCCCAUUACUCUUGUUUUUUGAGGCUAUAUUUAAUACCAGUCAAGCUUUCAAACGUGCUAUUAAUGUUGACCUAACCUUGGAGGGAAUCAAAUGUGGAUUAUCUGAGGAACGACUUGAUUUAGUUACCCACUGGGUUACCCAGGAAAAGCUGACAUUUUCUGAGAAGGUUGGCGACGCUAUUUUUGCUUAUGGAGAGCAGCACCCAUACCACAAGUCCAGAUGCUUGGCGUUAGCUCAGAUUGUCUACAAUGAAUGUGGGCUACACAAGAAAGCUAUUCUUUGCCUGUGUAGACAGGGUCAGUUUCAUGAGGCUAUGGAACAUAUACAACAACAGUCCAAGGACAUUAACCCUGAUGACCUGAUACAGCUAAUAACAGCAUGCCCCCAGAUUGACUUAAUCAGAGGUCUUACUGAAGAAAGGAAUGGGAAACCACCAUCUUUAUCUUUUGCGCUUACCGUACUCCAUCUGUUUUCUGUGGAUAUGAAAAAAAUUGGCAUGAAGCUACUUCAGGAAGUCAGUAAAGCUGAGAAAGAUGUGAUCGAACAUCUUGUGAUGAGUGAUUUAUUUUGCUCCAUAGAAAAGUGGCAAGAACUAGCAAAUAUAUGUUUGCAAAAUGGUUUUAAAAAUUUGUCUAAUGACAUCAUGUCCAUUCUUCGAUCCCAGGCUGGUGUUUCAGAAAUUUCCGAAGAUGAUAUCACCAACGUAAUGGAACAUGUUUUUUGGUAAUUCUUUAUUUUAACCACCCGAGGGCGCUUGUACAACAUUUUACAGGCAUUGGCUUGGGAAGCUGGUUUUAGCAUAAUUCAUUUAUAAAUAAAUGUUAAA